GUGCAAGCCCAAUAUUCAUCUCCCAUAUUGGGCCUGUGAACUAAAGUUCAACUUUCUCCUACCUCACUCACUUCAAAUUUUCUCCUUGUGCAACUAAAAAGGCAAAAAAAUGGCGACUACAUUGGCCAAGCUUAGAAGCAGCAAUCCCAGUUACAUGUAUGGCCUUGGAAGAAGAUUUUGCCAUGCAAUACCCAUACAGCCGCCUCUUGAUACUAGUAUUAGUCAACCAAAAGCUUCAUCACCAUCAUUGGUUUUGCCCCAAAAUGACAACAACAUUGGAUUUUGCCUCCCAAAUUCACCUUUUCAUGGAGGUUCUAUGGAACUCAUGGCUGUUCCUAAGAAAAAGGUUUCCCCUCAUAAGAGAGGUAUAAGGAAUGGACCAAAGGCUCUAAAACCAGUGCCAGUGAUUAUGCGGUGCAGGGUUUGCGGUCGAGUCAAAUUACCACAUUUCUUUUGCUGCAGUGGAAUUAAGCCUGGUGAUGAGAAUAGUUCCAACAGUUGAUCAACUUGAAGUGGAGCAUCCAACAUAAUUUCUUCAAUUUCUUCUUUGUUGUUCUGGUAGGGUCUUUCUUUGUUUGCAAAAUAGUAAGGUCUUGAAGUGGAAUUCAUCUCUUGCUGAAGAACCUGUUUUGCAUGUUUAAGUAGCACUACAUUAAUUGUAUUUCUUGUAAGUCUUCGCUUUGAUUGAUGAUAACUAGUUCUUGAAAAUCACAAAGCAUAAGAAUUUGGAGACUAGAACACGUACUAGUUGCAACUUGCAAGUCAUUGCUCAGAUGGAUCUUUCAUCCCCCUGAGCGACCGAGCUAGCAAGAACUCAUAUCAAGAACAUCUGUUCUCCGUGACUCUGUUGCUCAUCUCAUCUUUCUGCUAAACAUGAUGGAUUGAACUCAUAAUUCAUUAGAUGCUUCUUA